CUUCUCCCAAGUUUCAAAGAUGGCGCGAAAUCCGGCGGACUGAGAUGCACGACAGCGAUUAAAAAUGGUUCGUUGUUCUUUUCUGUGUUUAUUUUAAUACAUUUCUUCACCAAUGCUGAUUGAAAUGAGUUCUUUUCCUGCAGGAUAUUCGGUCUUUUUUCAGUCCAAAGGGAAAGACGUCGAAACCAGCCGCCUUGAAGCCGGAAGAUAAACGCGGGAAAGAUAACUUAUCCACAAAACCUUCUGCUGGGAAAGGGAAAGCAAAGAGCAAGGUGCGUUGGUUGAAACCUUUCACGUUAUUUUUUCGGCAAUUGAAUUGUAUUAUAUUACGCUGCUGAUAAGGUUUUAAAAUAGGUAAUCUUUUUUUACGUGUAAUAUCUAUCAAAACAGAGGUAAACUUAAUAAUUAAUUCUUUCUAUAUCCUAAUAUUUUGGGAAUUGCGUGGACGAGAAACAUAUAAACUUACGCUUCCUUGUAGUUAGCUGUAAGGUUAAGACAUAAGUUUACUUUAAUUUAAAAUAAAUGCAUUCAGUACUGACGUUUUUCUUUUUUCACUCAGAUAUUCAUCGACUUAAAAUUGUUAUGAUUAGAGUUCACUGCAGAUAGUUGACACUUUGAUGGAUUAUUUGAAACACCCCCCUUACCGCACCCCACCCCAAGUGGCUCAUAUGUGGCAGAUAUGUAUACAUAGUUUUAUAUACAAAGGUGUAUCCUUCGAUGUCCUCCCCUUCCCCACCCAUUCCACUUGCAGGGGAGGGGGUGGGUGGCACUGAAGGGAAAAUUGGCUAAAGGUGUUCUGCCAAGGCCUUCAAGCCCCGAUGAAGGUGAGAUCUUACUUCAUGAAACUGAUUUACUUGUAUUUUCAGGGGUUUCAAUGAGCACUGAUGAUUGACAAAGCAUGUCGGCUACUUUGCUCAGAGCAGUCAGCUACAUUACUAGUUUCUUGUGUAAGGGUUAUCUCAAUGGCAAGACUGCCUUGAACUUGGAUGUACAAACCUAAAGUUUGCCAUGUUUAGCACUCAGCUGCCACUCCUUCACAAUCAGCUGUUGUAUCUAAUUUUAAUACACAUAAUUAUUUAAAUUAUUUAUUUAAUUUACUUUAGUUAAAGUACAACAGUAACCUGAUAAACUGACCUUAUGCUUUGCAAAACUCUUGUACUUCUUUAGGUAUUAUCGAGCAGUGAAGAUGAGGAGGUAGCAAAAAAGCAGAGGCACAAGGAAACUCAGAAGAAAAAAGCAAGGAAGUGUAUUGAUUCAGGUAAUAUUUCAAAAUGCUUUAAUUUGUCAGCCCAUUCGCUCCUGGAGAUUUUUGCGGAAAAACGCGUUUUGAAGCUAGUCGAGUGGUUUUCUGGUCACUGUUGUGCUAUAAAGAGCUAAAACUUACCACAAACCGGUUUACAGGUCGUACACUUCGCGGCCUUCUGAUCCAGAUGCAAAAUGUCAGCUUGCGAAGUUCAGGCAUGCGCAUGACUUUUACUUUUCGCUUUCUCUCCUCCCCUCUUUUUCACUUUUCUUGCCUCAUUUUUUUUUCUCUGGCUGGGCAUUUUGUAGGCUUCAUUUGGUGGGAAGAGUUUUUAGGAAAGCUUUUAGGAUCUUAGGAUUAGGUGAAAGGAAAGGUAGGUGAGCAAUGGAACAAGAUUUUCAUGGAGAUUUUCAGGUCAAUGUCACAUGGUUUUCUGCUUCUUUCUCUGGUGUCCUUGACUGAAUUGUGCUCAUUCUGGUAUGGUUUCAAAGAUCUCUCCACUCUGCACAAGUUAGCAGACAAAGUUGUCCUUGACCGUUAAAACUGAUGACGUCACAAAGGGUAGAAAGCAUGCGGAUCCGCACAGGCUGUUGCAGGCAGUUCAGGGGGGAAUGAUGAUUUCAUUGUUUCAUCUUGUUAUAUCUUGUCGUAAUGCAGUGCUCAUGAUGAAUUCUCUGGUUUACUCUAUGAACCUCAUUAUUUGCAGUUGUUAACAUGUAUUUUAGAGAUAAGGGUGUUGUUUUCAAUGUUACACGUACGUGUACAUGUACCCAUCCAAACCCUUUGGGCCAGAUAAGUAAACAGAGUUUAGCCAGUUGCGUUCUACUUCUAAGCCAUUUUCAGUUUGCCAAACGCUUUUCUGCAAACACCAUUUAUUGUGAACGGUUCCAUGAAACCAUUACAGUGUAGACUAGAAAAGCAUUUGUCUUUGUAUGAUAAUCCACUAAGGAAGAGAUGAUCUGGAGGUCCAAAGAUUUCCUAAACCAUGGUCUAAGUCAGACUUCGUUUAAAUAAUCGACCCUUAGUGUUUUGUCUGUGCCUUAGUUUGUCUCUUCAGGCUUGGCAAACAAAGACCUGGGUCAGUCCAUGUUUUUAAAUUAAAUGGAACUAAUGGCUGCAUUAGGAAUUACAAUGUACUUUUAAAAGGAAAAUAAAAUUGAAUUUAAAAUAGUUUUAAUGCUUUUUGGAUUUAUUUUUUUAGACUCUGACGAAGACCCUCUUCCACCUAAAAUAAGGUACAUGCAUGCCAUUAGCAUUCCCCUUUGUACUCUCUUAUAUUUAUAUAUAUAUGUACAGUGUACUUUGAUACAUUUGUCUCUUUAAACAAUCUAUGUGCUGUAAUAAUAUAGUUUUGGUGCUUCAGGGAGGAGCCAAAGUGCUUUCCUAUCACUGAAGGGCUAGUACAGUAAAGCUCUUGUGGGUAACAUCUGUUAUUAUUCAGGCUAACUAGCAUUUUCCUUUGUCACAUACAAUGUAUAACUUAUCAGGGCUAGGAAGCAAAUGAAAUUCUGAUUCAAAGUAGAAAUUAAUUUAGGUUGAGUACUGGUUGAACCUGAGAACAAAUUUUAGAUAAUACAGUCGAACCCCGCUAUUUCGAAGCCCCAAGGGAAGUGAAAAAAAGUUCGAAAUAGCGGGGCUUCGAAAUAACCGGGGAAGCGUAAAGGGGAAGGGUAAAUCAAAGGGCAUUCGAUCUUCCUUCGAAAUAGCAGGGACUUCAAAUUAACCGAGUUCGAAAUAGUGAGGUUCGACUGUAUUGUACCUACAGUGUGUAUCACUGAGCGGAUCCUGUUUACUGUAGGUAGUGUCGACCGAUCUAUCGGUCGAAAUAGCGGUCGACACUCGGUCGAUAGUCAGUCGAGACUCGGUCAGUAUUGCGGUCAAUAGUCGGUCAAGACUCGGACGAUAGUCGGACAACACUCGGUCGAGGCAUGGUCAAUAGUCGUUUCAGAUGUGUCUUGGCCAAUAUAGCUUUUCGUUCACCGAUACUUCACCAACACUUCACCGAUAGUUCGUCGAUGCUUCACUGAUGUAUCGGUCAGUAAUUGGUCAACACUCGGUUGAUGGUAGGUCGACACUUGGUCGAUAGUCAGAAGAUAGCAAGAAUACCUUAAAGAAUUCAUGUGGAGACGAUGGCAUGGUGAGCCUUACCCCAAUGGCUGUUUAGGUCGACUGAUGCAGGACAUUGCAGAACAGUAUCCACUGUAAAUAGAAAUCAAUGACCUUUGUUAACUAGCAUUUCCUACAUUUUUUGGUUGGAAAACAACAAAUUCGAAAGCAUUUUCUAGCUUGGACCUAACUAUUUUUUAAAUUGUGUUUGUAAGUCCAUUCUUUUCACAACACAAAAUAAUUCUUCCUUAUUAUUUUAAUGUAUCUCCUUUAGACUGUAUCCCUAUAUCUCUUUAUAUUACAGAAAGGCUGCUUCUAAAUCCAAGGGAGAUGUUUCAAGGCCUAAGAAGAGCAAGAGGACCAGCAACUUUGAUGACUCUGGUAAACAUAAGUAAUUUUUAUAACAGGAAAAAGUGGUGGCCUACGAAAAAAGCAUUCCUUAAAAAACAGAUGAGAUUUACGAAAGAUGCUCCUUGUAAUACAAAGUAGAUUAAUAGUUAUGUCUGCCUGCACCUUAUUGUCCACAUUAUUUCAUUAUAAAGAGAACUUUCAAUAAUCAUUCCGUAAGUAUCUUUAUGAGAGUAUAAAGCUUUGAAGUUUUGUUGCACAAGAAAGUUAAGCAACAAUACUUACAACAAUCCUUUGUGUGCUAUGAGAAGAAAUAUACAGUGUAGGAUGUGGUGCAUGAUGUGACGAGUGAUAACCUUCUUUUAUGCAAUACAAUACUUUACAUACAAAAAUAUGCCCCUCAUCCCCUUCUGCCUUUUUGGCAGCUGAAUGUUAAUGAUGAUUGAUGAUGGUGACUACACCUAAAUUAUAGAUAUAACUGUUAACAACAUAAGGUCCCAAAUUUCUUAAGCUUUCUCUAUGAAUGGAAAACUUUUAGAAUUUGUUAUUUUAUUUACACCUUCUGCUACUUCUGCUAUAUAAUGUUAAUGAUGAUGAUGAUUGAUAAUGGUGACUACACCUAAAUUAUAGAUAUAACUGUAAACAACAUAAGGUUCCAAAUUAUGUUCUUAAGCUUUUUCUAUGAAUGGAAAACUUUUACAAUUUUUUUUAUUUUAUUUACACCUUCUGCUACAUAAUGUUUAAUACUUAAUUGUAUAUACAGUACAUUUGCGUGUAAUGUACAUGCAUUUUAUGUUAACUGUCCUUAUUCCUUCUUGUGUUGUCAUUAUUCCCUUCUCUUCAUGCUUCAAAUGCCUUCAAUCAGUAUAACAAAAUUAUUUCUUUUGUAGAUGAAGAGGAAGUCAUUCCUCCAAAACUUAAAAAGUCUGUGAAGCAACCAGAAACCAAAGCAAGAAAAGAAGUUGUUCAUGUGAAGGAAAGGUACUAAACAGUUAUUGUGAAACAUUUCUUUACUACCUCAGGGCAUUAGGGAGCUUAAGCAACAACGGCAAUGAUGCAUACAAAAAAUGUCACUGAAAAAGUGAAUUCACACUCCCUCAAACUUUAUCGUGCUUGUUCCAUCUUGUUCAAUUUGUAAGAUCUUGGUGGAUUUUUCUGGAGUUCAAUUCCAAAGGACUGUAUCAAAGUUCAGAAAAAGAAAAAGGAAGUCAUUGUCUUGUGUUCACUUCGCUAUAAAAAGUGAAAUUAGGCAGUUUCACGUCAUAGUCGUGCAACAACGGCAAAGAAAUGUACAAAAAAGGGUGAUGCUCGUGCAAAGUUGUUGUUUUGCCAAUUUAAGCCUACUGUUUUUUUGCCCACUCUUGUUGCUGUUGUCUUUGUUGUUGCUUAAGCUCUCUAUUUUCUGAAAAAUAGCCCUCUAGAGAGAGCAUGUCUUUACAGUGUGCUGUUGUGCACUCAUUUUAUUGGCUUGCUAUGUCAUAAUUAUAAGCAUGAAACAUAAAGAGGACUUUUAAACAGAACUACCUCUAAGGCCCUUGUUUUUUGUUUGUUUGCUUACCUCGAAAUCGUACAUGUACCAUAGAGGAGAUUAGUUGCAAUUCUUAAUGUGAUCCCCAUUCUGCCCACAUACAUGUAUGUCAUUAAAUGAAGAUCCAGGAGUGAUUCAUGUACAGAAUAACAGUCCUAUAUUUGCUGCAAUUUAAUUAUCUAGGUACAAAUAAAUUUGAUAAAAUAAAAGCUGUCUUAUAUGAUCAUUGUUUACUGUGCUGAACACAUUGAAUUGAUUUUUUCAUAGUCCUGUCAAGCCAAAAGAAACUCAAUUAAAAGCCACAUCUGCACUUGACUUCUUUGGAUCAUCUCCUGCUGAAAGAGCAUCGAGAAAAGUGUUUGCCACAAAGAGAAAACAGGUUUGUUGCCUUAAAAAAUAAUGCAGAGGAAAAAACAGGCACUAGUAAUAUCUCUUGGUUAGUACACUGUGACUGGUGAAUUUAGUGGCCAUAUUUCACUGUUCAGAGCACUAAAUUCAAAUGUUUGUUUUGGUAGAAAUCCAUGCCAGAAAAACAAUGUUAAACUGGUCUUAGUUGUUAAAACGUCAGAUAGUGCUAUCCAACAGACAAAUUAUUACUGUCCAGAACAUAAGUAUUAGGGAAAUCAAUUGUGCAAUCCACUGGAUAGGGAUUUAUCCAGUCGAUAGCAUUAUCCAUCUUUUGAAUAACUGGGGCCUGCUUGUUUUGUGGAGUUUUGGAUUGUGAGUAUGUUACAUGUACAUGUCAAAAAAAAGAUUUUGAUGGCUCGGUAAAAUUUCCCUUUGUUUACAAGAUUUAAUCAUCAGGGACUGUCCUGCUUAAAUUGAAAACGUCCCCCCUCAAGUAAAACCCAGCGAUGGGUGGACAUAUCUAACCAACCUGCUUUUCGUGAUCUGUACUGUAACUUUACAUAUGCAGGGUUCUCAAUAGAAGGCGGCACCUGGCAAUUGAUCGCCGCUUACGUUGGGAUUUAUAGCCGCUUACUUUGUGUUUAAGUCGCUUUUCUUUGCUUUGUUUUGACACCUCUGGCUUUGCUGAAGAGCCUCCUACUUUAUCAGUGAUCACCUCCUAUUUAAAAAUCUAUUGAGAACCCUGCAUGUGACUGUAUGGAGCCCCUCUUUUUCUUCUUGUUUUAUGCUUAGGAAGUAAACCGGGGUAAAAACUUACAACAGACUUCAGACUCAGUAGGAGGUACAUUUUGAUGUACUACUGUACAUAAUAGACUUUAAUGGCCAACUCAUGAUAAACAUAAUUAUUAUUCAAGAUAAAAUGUUUCUCCCCUGUGCAGCGUUCUGAUGAAUCUGAAGAAAACGAUGACUCAAGAGAAACAAAGCAAGGAGAAAUCACAGAGGAUAAGGGAAAAGGAAGAAUAGAAGAUAGAAAAGUGAAUGGAAAAAAAGAAGAACAGCCAUCAAAGAAACGAAAAGAGGAACCACCAAGUCCUCACAAUGGUGUCAAGAAACCAUCUCCUGAAAAGUCAAAAAAGGUCUGAAGAAUACUUAGUAAAAAUUUAAUUAAUUAUGUACAUGUAUGCAUGGUUUGCACUGGGCUGGGCACUAAGAAUUACCACUUUGUAACUUUUUCAUGUAUUUAAUGUAGAAAUGUGAAGCGUAGCUUGAGAAAACAGGCAACAUUUCUCAACAAAUGACAAAAUGAGGAGGAACCAAAUGCAGAAAUUUCAUAUACCAAUGAUGUGUCACUACCCUUAUCUGGGCAGUGCUUCUGAUUGGUCAUGCUGUGAGGGAAACUUGCUUGAACCAAUCAAAAAUAUGUUCGACCCAGAUUUGGGAAGAAACAUGUCAUCUUAUGGAAUUUCUGUGCUCAUUUCUCAGUCAUCAUCACUUUUUGAUUUGGUUGAUCAGACAAAAGUCUUUUAAUUACAUGUAGCAGAUUGCAUAACCAAAAUUUUUAGCUAAAACAUGCUUACCUGCAUGAUAGUGAUAGUGUACGUUUAGGUUUGUCCAGCUCCGCAAAUAUUCUCCAAAUAACAGAUGUCGCCCUCCGAGUUGUCUUCUUGCUGUUUUUGCUAUGUUUUUAGCCAUUAUUUCACCUAGUUCCAGCUGUAGGUCUUACUUUUGAAAUGAGUGAAGUGUCCACCAUUUUAGUUUUCACAACAAAAACAACUCAACCUCAUCCCCAGGUCUUCUCGGUUAACGGUUCAGUAACCUCUGGAAGGCUGCAUUUUUGACGUCAUUCCCUCGUUAAACACAAAAUUCGUCCAAAUUUGGUCACCAGUAACUGGUUAUGGUGAAUUAUGUGCGUGCUGUUAGCCAAUCAGAAUUGGGGAAAUAUUAUGAAUGAAUAAGAAUUUAUUUUAUUGUUCAGCAAAAAAAAGAUUUUUGUUUGUGGAUUUUUUGUCUCAUCAUUGAUUGUUAUUAUUAAUUUUUGUAAUGUCUGCAGACCCCAGAGAAGCUGCCAAAAGUCACGCCUGCUAGCAAACUUGCAGCCAAAGCUGCUGCCACAGCCUUAAAAACCUCAGAGGUCAUACCUGAAACUCCUGCAAGAGAAACAAAAAAAGAUAGCCCUCAAAAGACUCCUUCUCCAGCUAAAGAAAGGAAGGCAGUUAAAAAAGAAUCUCCAACCAAGAGUACACCAAAGGCUUCAAAACAAGAUGAAACUCCCGACGAAGUACCACCAUCUUUGGAAAAAAGGAAAUCUAGUUAUCGCAGUUUCAUGCAGCGGGAUGGUCCAAGAGCAGUGGGCUCAAAACCAAUCCCUGAGGUUAGUUGUUUCCCACGACUUGAUUUUGCCUUCAGCAAGUAGAAGGAUAAGCUACUAUGUACAUGUACAGAUACCGCAUACCAGAUUUCAUUCAUUGGGGCUUUAUUUCAAGCAUCCCAUCUAACGUCAAGAAACUGUUCACUCUCUUCUUUUUUUUUUUUUUUUCAUCUCACCUUGUAGCAGGGCUGUCACAAAAGGUACAAACGGUUCAAGGUUUUCAAAGAAAAUUAACAAAAGGAAAACAGAACGUAAUUAAGUACUUCCAACUGCUCAUCUUCAGCCUCGCUAUGGUAUAUAUGCCUGGGCCUGGCAGUCAGCCCUUAGUGACAGCUCUGAAAUCACAAGAAGGUUUCAAAAUUACCUUACUUGGCUGGAGUGAAUUCCUCUAGUUGCCCAUGGUCAAUUUUUAUUUUUAUUUUAACCUACAGGGAGAGGAAAAUUGCUUGGAGGGCCUUACAUUUGUUAUAACUGGAGUGUUGGAAAGCAUAGAAAGAGAUGAUGCAGCUGAUUUAAUCCAGAGAUAUGGUGGAAAGGUCACAGGGUCAGUCAGCAAGAAAACAAGCUAUCUUGUUGUGGGCAGAGAUGCUGGUGAAAGCAAGAUAUCCAAGGUUAGAAGAAAUUAAGGAUUAAAAUAAUUAUUAAGGAUUGCUUUGUUUUCGUAGUCAAUUGAUAGAUAUGAUAAAUUAAAUCAGGUUGAUUCUCAAUUUCCCUUGUCUCCUAGUCUUAAUUCAUGAAUAAUUAGGGCUGGGAGACGAAGGAAAAUUGAGGAUCAACUUAGGUUAAAAAAUUUUAAUGUGAAUGUAAUGUACAUGUACAUUGUGCGUAAGACCAUAGAAUUAUUAUGUGCAACCCUAACAAUGUUGUGUUCUGUACAGUCAACUCUUUCUAAGCCGGACACCUUUUGGACCGGUACUAAGUGUCCAUCUUAGAGAGAUGUCCGUCUAAUAGAGAGUCAAAUAAAAGGAGUAAAGAAAGGCAGGGACCAACUCUAGGUGUCCGUUUUACAGAGGUGUGCGUCUUAUAGAGAGUCAAAUAAAGGGAGUAAAGAAAGGCAGGGACCAACUCUAGGUGUCCGUUUUACAGAGGUGUCCGUCUUAUAGAGAGUCAAAUAAAGGGAGCAAAGAAAGGCAGGGACCAACUCUAGGUGUCCGUUUUACAGAGGUGUCCGUCUUAUAGAGGUUUCUGUUAAGAGAGAGUCGACUGUAUAUCCUAGAGGUUGAUUUUCCCUGAAUACCAGUGAUGAACUUCCCUGAACCUUUCUUUAUUAUUAUUGUUAUUAUUAUUAUUAUUAUUAUUGUUGUUGUUGUUGUUAUUAUUAUCAUCAUCAUCGUUAUUGUUAUUGUCAUUAUCAUUUUAUUGUUACAAUUAUUAUUACUAUUAUUAUCAUUGUCAUUAUCAUUAUAUUAUUAUUUAAUGGUAUAUAAUUAUUUUUUAAAUUCAAGGCCAAGCAGGUAGGUACAACACAAUUAGAUGAGGAUGGCCUGUUUGAACUGGUCAAAACAAGACCUGGCAAAAAGAUCAGCUAUGAGCCACCUAGUGUUGAGAAGAAGCCAAAGAAGAGAGCAAAGGCUGAAGUAGUGGAGUCAACAGAGACGUUAAGUCAAGGGAAGGAUCAGUCAGAGGUAGAAUCAUCCCAGUUGAGUCAACAAUCAACAUCGUCUCCUGCAACUCAAACACCUUCUGGAUCACCAUCACUGAAAGGUUUGAUUCAUUCCUUUGACUGUUUUUAAGUGGACAUCCUGCAGACCCUCCGUAGAGCUGAAAAUUGGCCCAUAUUUGUUUCUAAGGGCUGGGGGUACAUAACCUGUGAUCAGACCUAGUUCCUUUCUCAGGGUGUGCGAAAAGUCAGAUGACAGACACCUGACCACGUAUUAAAUUUGCUGUUUUAAAAAGUAAUGGUAACCUGAUAAAGCACAAAGAGUCCAGUUACAAGGACAAUGUAGACUAAUGUUCCCCUUUGCCUUUUUCUUUCAAACAGACCUUUGUUCCAAGUUUCCCAAAAGCCUCUUGCACCCAUAUCUAACAUAAUUUCCUAAAUUUCCCCUCUCUUCCAGACCCAUCCCCCCUAGAAACCAGUAGUAACCCAUAGUUAGGAAGUGAGGCCGAGCAUGCGCGUUUACCUUAGAGAUGUGAUUGAUGAGAACCACUUUCAUAAUGAAUCAGAGAAAGCCCUUUUAGUUCCUUCCAGCUUGGGGUGCCUGUGGUUAUUUCGAUUGAAACAAUGACUGUUUCAUCACUUGCAUGUGCGUUCACGGGAUUACCAUGACAUCGGACGGACGUUUAACUCAACACCAGGUCCUUCACGGCAACAUACCAUGCAUAUUUGUACGCAGAACACGGGCAUCCCAAGAAUGUGGACAGAUUUUGGAAAAACCUCGUUAUACAGUUUAUAAAGUGCAGCUGAGCAAGAAAAGUCUGCAGGCUCGCUUUAGCUCACCCGCAAUAACAUGUACCGGUUUACAUUGCUAACUUUAACUUUCCUUCUUCAGGGGAACCUAGUUUAAUGUGGGUUGAUAAGUAUCGCCCUCGCACAGUAAAGCAGAUUAUCGGCCAGCAAGGUGAUAAGAGUAACAUGAGGAAACUAAUGAACUGGCUUAGAGACUGGGAAAAAAAUAGGAAGAAGCCACCAUCUAAAUGUAAGUCUUAUUGCAUUAAAUAUUAAGUGAUGAUUUUUAUGAUAGCAAGGACUUAAGGCCAAUCGUCGAACUUUUCAUGCUGCGAAUCAAACUCUAAUUUUGGUCUAAUGAAAUUAAGCUAAGAUCACCUUUGGGUCAGGCGUCGAACUUAGGUCGCGUCGAACCAAUCAACUGAAUCAGAUAAGUAAUAAAUUUUCUCCCGAACGAGACUAAAUAUACAUGUACCUUAAGUUUAGUUCGUCAAAAGUGAAGAUCAACGUUUGUCCCAGAGACGAUCUUAAGACGUUCUAUCCGCUGCUUCCAAACUCAUUCAGACCAAUUUAACUGAUCCAGACGUCGAACUUUUCAUGAACUUAACUCCCUAAGUUCGGUUCUUCUCAUAAAAAGUUCGACAUUUGGCCCAGGCCUUUAAAAGCGACCACCACCACGACGGCAACAUGAAAAAUUAUUCACGGGAUGUAUGAGCAAAUCAACAGUUCGACACGAGCAUGUCGCUUUUGGAACAUUUGGUUUUUGUGCGACGUUGUAUGGAGGAUGUGAACACGCAACGGCUAAUUUUCCUUUCCCUUUCUGAACUUGGAUAGAGUCCUUAAGAAUCUAACUGCAAGAGAAUUAGCCUACAAUUGUCUGAUUGGCUAAAGCUAAAUAAAUACGACAGAUAACAAUGAUGGUACAUGUAGAAGUUAUUAUUAUGAUUAUUAGGUUAAUAGUGAUGACGAAUGCAGUGUUCUCCUUAUCAGGCGGUAACCGGUAAAAUUUACCGCCUGAAGCAACACUUCUUACCGCCUGCAACUGCUUAAAGGUUUACCAAAAUUAAAUAAUUUUUUUUAAAAAAAAAUAUGCGAGUUGUGAUCCGAUCCGAUCCGAUCCUCACAAGAAAAUGAAUGAAUAUGUGGAAAAGUAUAGCUACCUAAGUACAAAACGUACAACCCAAAAAUAAUGCACGUGCAGGAACUUCUUUUUGCGUCCGCAAGCUGGCAACUUCGUGCGGCUUUUUGCAGGGCGCUUGCGCUUGAAUCCAGCAAGACGCAAGAACUUCUUUUGCGGUUAUAAAUUUAACCACAAGAAUUUCUUAAAAUUAUCUUCUGCAAAGGUAACCUUUUAAGCGAGAAAAUGUGUACAAUUUUGAUUUUAAAAAAAGCAGCGCUUCAAAAAAUAAGGAACGAUCGUAGUAUGUUUCACAAAAGAGCCGUGUAAUUUGAGACCGCACGUGCAACUGUGUCAACUUAAAGCGCUCUCGGAAAAAAAAGACAUGCUAAAGUAAAGUAAGGAAUAUUUUCACCAAAGGCUCUUUCAACUUAGCGCAAUAAAGUAAUAAUAAUUCCCAUGUUUUCUUGUGGGCAGAAAUUCAACGCCUUUGGUUUGUUUUGCCGAGACUAUGGUAUUGUACUAUGAAAUGAUCCAAAUAAUCGAAAUGUUCGAAACUACAGAUCGUUUUGUUAAACAAACGCCUCACACGCUUUAUCUAACUUUGGAAAAGCUAAACGACUGAAGUGUUCACUUUGCAAAAAAAGCAGAGAAAGCUGUUCGCUUUCCCAGGCAACUUUUUACGAGUGUACUUUCAUGAUUACCUUUUGCUGCCACAGAGUGAAUUAGUAUCAACGCUACAAAACGGUGUUGUCACAAAAAGGUAACAAACACUACAAACGUGUUUCAGGUUAACACUUAUAAAGAACUUCAUGCGCCUUCUUGAGACUUGCGGUAAUUUUCUAGCUUCUUGCCGUGAAGAUUUUUGACUUCUUUCGUAAAAUAGGUCUUAAAAUAUGGGAAUAAAAAAUUUCCCAGUGAAGGCGGGUCCAUGUCCCUCACUCCACUGUCCCCCCUCCCCCCCUCUUAGAAAAGUAUAUAUUUUUUGCCUUACCGUCCACGAAUGGUCCCUUACCUGCUGAGCUAAAAUUUAGGGAGAACACUGCGAAUGACAAUGGUCACAUUUGUCAAUAUUGUUUUGAUGAUGCUGACGACAAUGAUGUAGGCGGUGUCUUGAGUGGUGAUGAUAAUGAUGUUGACGAAAACGACAACGACGACGAUGAUGAUGAUGAUGAUGACGAUGAUGAUGAUAAUGAUGAUGAUGAUUAGUAUUAUCUGAAGACUUGUAUAGAUCGAGCCAAUAAUUGUUUUAUGAUUCAUUCAAAACAUUUAUCACCUAAAAAAUGCGUACCUCGAUCGAUGUAAAGUUCCGGCCUUCAUUUGCCUGUUUCUCUACAAAUUCAGGAUAUAAAAGGAUGUUUAGUUUAUCAGAUAUUCUUCAAAUAGCAGUUGCCAUUUGUUAAGUUGUAUUUUUGCUGUUCUUGCUAUGUUUUGUAGGUUAUUACUGUAGUUUGGCUCUUCCUCGCAAAACGUGUGGGAUUUGUCGCCAUUAACACCAGCUCAACCAUGGCAGCUGAGCCACCGCGCCCAGCUUUAUCCCCAGGGGCUUCUAGUUUUGCCGUCCCAUUUCCUGUGAAUAUUCUGUACAAUUGACGUCAUCGAUACCAAUAUUGCAGAACGUGUUUCAAAUUUGGUCAGCGCUUGCUGGUUAUGAAGAAUUAGUCGGGGAAUUUCAGCUAACCAGAAACGGAGAAAUAGAGUGAAUGAAUGAAUAAUAAACAUUAUCACGUUGUUCAUCGUAAUGUUCCUUCUCUUCAAUCAGCUUUUUUUAUUCCAGCCUCGUUCUUUAAAAAGGACCAAGAUGGAUCCAUGCAUAAAGCUGCCUUACUGUCUGGCUCACCAGGAGUUGGUAAAACAACAACAGCCACGCUCGUGUGUGAAGAGCUGGGAUUCAGCUACGUUGAAAUGAAUGCAAGUGAUACAAGGAACAAGAAGACACUGGAGGAGCACAUCUCCCAGUCACUUAGCAACAAAACCAUGGAUGGUUUUCUACCUGGUAAAGCCAAACUAAACUUCUUUUUUUAUAAUUAUUAUUUUUUUAAUCAAUUAUUAUUUUCUUUAGGCAACAUGUGGUGUAGAUUUUCCCUUGAGAAAUACAUUGCACAGUUUAAGGUAACAAUCGGCGACUAAAUUCAUUUGAGAUACUUUACUCUAAAGAUCCUUUCUGAUGAUUUGCCGACUUAAAAAGUGGAAAAUAAGGCUUCGCCCCCGCCCCCACCCCCUCACUCCAUGCAGUGUUAUGCCACUGUUUGAGCUACCUGUAGGAAACAACAAAUCUCCCACCUUUGAAUGGAGGGGUGGGGGGAUGGGUCUGGAAGAGAGGGGAAAUUUAGGAAAUAUAUUAGAUACGGGUGCAAGAGCCUUUUGGGAAACUUUAAGCAAAGGUCUGUUUGAAAGAAAAAAGCAAAGGGGAACAUUAGUCUACAUUGUCAUUGUAGCUGGACUCUUUGUGCUUUAUCAGGUCAUAAAGCCGAUCCCAAGAAACACGUGCUGAUUAUGGAUGAAGUUGAUGGUAUGGCAGGCAAUGAAGACAGGGGAGGAAUGCAAGUAAGGAUGAUAAUUAAUUGGAGAUAAAAUGAAUUGGCAUUCCCAUCUGCAGUUAAGGCGAUGUUACACGAGACGAUUCGCAACGGCAACUUUUAGCGCAAAACAGCGUUGCAACAUUGUUGCGAUAUUGUUUCGAAUAGUUACAACAUUGUUCCAACAUUGCAACUCUGUGUUGUGCUAAAAAUCGUCAUUGCGAAUCGUCCCGUGUGACAUCACUUUUAGUCUGUCUAUCUGGCGGAAUUUAGCGCACUUGAGUUCUUUAUUUCUCGAAUGCUUUUGUUUUGGUGGAGACUAGCGAGAGGAAUGGGGAUUUUCCGCUGCGGUUCUGUAUUCUGAUCUCUUUACUCAUACGUGCUACUCGUUCGAAGGCUGAUUAGCACUAAGCCAGGGUUAGAUUUUAACCCGGGUCUCUUUUUCUUUUCUUCAGAAGCAUUUUCUCGGACAAUUUUCUCUAUUCUUUUUAGAGUAGCCAAUCAUCAAAUUAUAUAGUAGACAAGAAGAAUUAAACUGAAUUUGCUUUUGAAGCUUUCAUUACGGAAUUCAAAUUUUGCACUAACCUUGGCUUAUCUUAACCCAGCUUUGAACACCCCGGCCCAGGGAAACAAACACUGUCGUUUGAUCCUUCUUUGUGCAAAGUUCCUUGUUAACUAAAGAAAUGGAUUAGCACUUCAGUUUACAACAGUAAUGUUUAUUAAACGAGAAUAAUACCAAUUUCUGUAACAAUGAGUAUCCUCUCCAGAAGCCUUCUUACGGCACAUUUUCUAAAAAGAAAUUCCUGGGUUCUUUUACUUCCCAUUCUAAAUGAUGUGUAACGGUGAAGGAGACAAGGCUAAUGGGUUAAGGUAAUUCCCUUGUUUUGCACUGGCCAUCAUCUGCAGCAAAUAAUGUUAAUUUCGACAUCAUGAAGGUGACGUUGAUUUUCACCAGUCGCCUGGAGAGAGGUAACAAAGGCUCCUUCUGAAAUCCAAAUGGUUUGAAUAGCUAUUAAAAACUCGCCCCAGUCCCUGUGCGCAAUGUCCUCAUUUGAAGCCGAAAUUCCCCCUUUGUUGUGUUUUUUUACUCGUUAUGGCUACAAGAACAAUAUAUUUCAAAAAUAUCUGGAUUGUAGAAGUUGUAUUAUUUAGAUAUGAAUGACAUAAACUCCUCAUUUUAGAGUUACAAGUAAGGGAGUAUGAGAUAAUGUUAAAACUGUCCAUUUUUCUCACAUUUUUUGCAAGAUCGGGCAAUUUGAAGUUACUUUACUGAGAAAUCAUAGCCCAGACAAACAAACAAAGCAAGAUAGUGUUUUGCUACAUAAUAAGAAUUUUUGACGAUUGUUUAAGUUUGGAACAUUUUGCGCGUAACUAGGAAGAAAACACUUAGAAUUACAUGCAGGCACGCUGGGCGAAAUCAAGCUCCGGAUUACCCCAUCGUUUUAUAACAGUUUUUCAAUGUCCUAUAUUUGGCUGUCAUGUGUGCCAGGUUUGAAAAAAUGUGGAUCGUACAUCCUUUUCAAGGGAAUCACCUUAACGUCAUCUCUCAUUAACGCGAUCAUCUGAAUUGAGACAAGGAUUUGAUAACAGCUAGCAUGAUCUUAGCAGUCCUUUAAAGGCCUUAGUUUGUAAGGUUGUCCGGCUGGGGUUUGAACUUACUGCCACCGGCGCAGCUGAUCGACGUUCUUCCAGCUUAGUUUAACGCCGAUUGUGGGCUUUCUUGUUUUUAAAUUUGUAAUGAUCACCAACACCUAUGAAAACGAUACCUAUCUAAGUUUAGGAUUUGAGGAUAUCUUUUGACAUCUGUUGUUGCAUCCUCAACAGGAACUUAUUGGACUGAUAAAAAACACUAAAAUUCCAGUCAUCUGUAUGUGUAAUGACAGAAACAGUCAAAAGAUCCGUAGCUUGGCCAACUAUUGUUUUGACUUGAGGUUCCAAAGGCCUCGGGUAGAACAGAUUAAGGUAAGUGUUGUCCGGUAUAAUUGAGUCAUUUAUUUUAAAGAAAUUUGACUUUUUUCUCAUGACGAUGUAAGUGCAUCACCUUCCUACAUGCCAAUUCCUUUUGUUGGUCGGGUAACCAAUACAGUGGAUUUCCGCUCUACGGAUGAUCAUGAGGUUUCUUUAGGAUGAACUUGUUACAGUAACAGAUGAGGAAAAAAGAUAAGGAAUAGACCUUAUUCAAGAUACCCGCCAUCUUUGCACGCGCCUUAGUAUUGAUGGGAUAAAAGCAAUGUCAAGUGGUAUUUUAGGGGGCAAACAAGUGUUAAAAUUUGCUAAUACGAGUAGUCGCGGUCGAGUUUGAGUAUCCCCUCAAACCUAUAGGGCAGUAUUAAAUUUGCAAAAUGUACAGUUCAAGUUUCGACAAGUUUUACGUCAUUAUUGCCUGCUGUGAGGACAUCUACGGUCGCUACUGCAUUAAAAUAAAUAACAACUAUCACUUCCACCCAUAAUUUGCCAUUAUUGUCUUGAAGAUAAAAAGUUCUUCAUUCUCUGUUGUCUAAAAUACACAAACACCACCGCGAUUCCUUGUAUUGACUAUAUUGACCGGGUUCCACUGAUAGCUCUUGGGAAGAUUUGUAGAUAGGCUAUACUUUCUAAAAGUCUCUCUUGGUUUGGUCAUCAGUCGGGAGAGAAAACAGACUUUCCUCGCGUGAAGCGCGCCAUUUUUGUUUUUUUUGUAGUUGUUGUUGUUGUUUCGACCCGAUUUUAGUAUAGGGCGUUGACGUGUCGGGCUCUUGCUCAGUAGCAUUAACCAACAAUCAGAGAGCGUUAUGUUGGGAAAAGAAUUGUCCUGCUUGUUUCGCUUCUUUCGAGUUAUCGGGAGUCGACUAUAUCAGUUAAAGUACAGUAGAUAUAGUGUUUUCUUUUUCUUGUUUACCAGGGAGCUAUGAUGAGCAUCGCUUUCAAGGAAGGACUCAAGAUUCCUCCCCAGGCCAUGGAGCAAAUUAUUCUUGGAGCCAACCAAGAUGUCAGACAGGUUAGCUAAACAAACUUCUUUUUGUUUUGAGGUGGGGGAGGGGUAAGGGAUGGAUGGAUGUGGGGGGGUAGAAAGAAAUCAAAAUUUACUGUUCACGUGUAGGUCCAUGAAUUGUCGUUCCAAAUUAAUCUUUAGAUGGGAGAAGCGAUUUCAGUUCUGUGAAAUCUAUCAUUUGGAUCUCUUUUUUUUAAUAUAUUCCAAAUUGAAAAAUUCAUUGGUGCCUCUAGUAUUUGUUGUUGUUCUUUUUUUUGCGCCUCUCUUUGUUAGUUUUUUUAAUUAUUUUUUUAUUUUUAACUUUAUUUCAUUAAGGCUCUUUGUUGACUGAUUUUUUUCCUGUUUGACAGGUUCUUCACAAUAUGUCCAUGUGGACUGCCAAGGAAAAGAGCCUUAACUACGAUCAAGCAAAAGCAGAAGCUGCAAGGGCCCAAAAAGAUAUUAAAAUGGUAAAGCAAUUUAUUCAAACUACUGUAUUUCAAUUUACCGAGUAUGUAAUCACUACCUUAGUGAAGUGGACAGACCGCUUCCUGAAUAUUUUUAUGAUUAAAGUGGACAUUGUUGGCCAUAUUUUUCUCCGUGGCACUAAUAUAGAGUAGAGUAGUAACAUAAUUUUACGUAGACUGCCGUAAAUCAGUAGUUUUUGAUUUGAUUGUAAUAUGUUUUGCAAAGUUUUAAGCGAAUAUUGAGCAUACGUGACAGCUCUGUUAUGUAAGUAAGCGAUUACUGUCUCUAAAACAGUAUUUUCUGUGUUGAAAUUUGGACGCAUAUAAAUUUUACGGGUUUCAGCCAUUUUUUCUGCAGAAUAUAAACUGCUGAGGUAUAAUAGCAGUUCCCUAAACACAGGUUUUUUUUGUAGGGUGCUUUUGAUGCCGUAAGAAAACUUCUCUCAGGAAAUGAGAGUUCGAAGAUGAACCUGAGUGAAAAAUCAGACAUGUUCUUUUGUGACUACUCCAUGAUGCCACUCUUUGUGCAGGAAAACUAUGCACUGGUUGACCCCGGACAGUCCCGGUAAGUUUAUAACAAGUUUUAAAAUCUUCUAAGAGAUACCCACUCUGUAAUUUUUUUUUGCCCCGUUAGUCGGUCCCUAACCGAUCCGGCUUAAAGGAGGACGUAGUUUUGCAGAGCUCCGGCACAAAAGUAGAACGGAAAAUAGGGUGGAACCCCGUUAAUACGGUCACCAAUGGGCCAAAAAAAUUGGCCGUAUUAACAAGGGUUUUUUACAAGAAAAUGUAUGGCGGUUUUUGCCAGGCGGCCAAGAAGAGUGGCCGUAAUAACGAGGUGACUGUAUUACCGAGGUGGCCGUAAGGCGGUGUUUCACUGUAGUGUUCCAUGUGUGAACAAAGGCUCCGAGACAGUCUCUGAUUCUGGAUUCCACGCCGUGGAUUCCAGAUUCCAGGUACUGGAUUCCAGAUUCUUUAUCAGUGGAACUUGGAUUCUUGAUUCUAAUCGUCAAUGGGAUUCUGGAUUCCUUCAGCUGUAUUCCGGAUUCCAAAGCCCAGGAUUCUGUAUUCCACCGGCACCAGAUAAAAUUGCUAUUUUCCAGAUUCCGGAUUCCUUUUCAUAAGGCGAAAAGGCCUAGCCGAUAUAGUUCUUAUGACGGCUUAUCGUGAACAUGGCAAAAAGCUUGAUCUAAGGUUUUUAUACCUACAAGAAAAGAAAUAACAUUUUCUUAAAGUUCUAUUAUUAUUUAUUAUAAUGGUGCGAAAAAUCAUAGAAAUCGGUUAAAUCUUUCAUUCUGAAAAACGCAAAUCAAAUACAUAACCAACACGCAUAUAAAUAGGUUCGGGCCACCUUAAGCUCCCUAACGGUUGAUUUCCAUUGUCGCAUAAUUUUAUCGUGCGAACGAAUGCAAAAUUUACGCACUUAAAUAAAUAAAGGCAAUGUAUGAAAGGUCACGCGUAAAGGUAAAAGUUGAACCUAACUCAACUUUUACGUUUAUGCGUCAGUCAAUUCCAGCUGCGCCCGCAUCCCCGCUGAUCCCCCGGGAAUUAGCCGUUUUUUGGCCUUGGAUGUUAAAUCCCCGGAGGUGGGGACUCUCGAACUGUCAAAUUCCCCGGGGUGGGUACGAAAAAAACGGGCAAAUGCCCCGUCCUCCGUCAACACUGCAGCAUUUUUCAUUGAUCGCACAGUCGGGUAGUGCCAUUUUAAGCAUUUUAAUGUACGAUUUCUUUUUUCACUUAACGUCUCCCUUCCAAUCCUUUGUAAUAGUGCUAUUCUAAUUAAGACUUCACGCCGCGACGACACCAGUUUAUGGUUUUAGUAUUGUUAUAAAAUUAUUGACAUUAAAAUUCAACUUAACUGUUAUGAAUAGUUUCAUAAACCUCUAUAAAUAUGAAAGGAUGUUUUUCAAAUAAUAUCAACAGAAAUUUGAUUCAAUAACCAAAAGAAACGUUGAUUCACAUCGAUAGCUCCCAAUUUCGGUAUGUACUUCUGGUUUGAUAAGCAGUGAAGACAUGCAUGCAUAAAAUCGAACAAACCUCUUCAUUUUUUUUCCCGUCCUUGACAGAUGAGCCAAUCUUCUUGUUUUUCCAGUAAAAUCCUCUGUGUAGUUAUAUUCUAAUAGGAAACCGCGUGCGUGUCAAAAUCUCGAGAAAGUCGGGUCCGCUGAAUUGCGAAAGCGCAAACACGAAAAGAAACGGGGAGGAAACUGGGGAGAGCACUAUCUGAGAGCCUGGAACAGGCUAGCAAAUGCCCGACCCCGAGGCAGCGCAAAAUUCACAAAUGCCACACACCCCGGACUUACAAGGCGGCAAAUGCCCCGCAAUAGCCCGGGCGGGGGGGGGGGCGCUGGGCGAAGCUGCAAUUGACUGAUGCAUUACGCGUGACCUUUCAUACAUUGCCUCUAUUUCUGAAUUCGAAUUCCGCACUAACCCUGGGUUAUCGUAAGCCAGCUUUGAACAACUGGGCACAGGAUUUAGAGAAAUAUAGUAGAUCAAACGGAAACGACCCGAUGGAAAGGCUUGAACGCGGACCUGCAGAUUCAAAGUUCGAGGUGUUAACCGCUCUGUCACAACGCCUCACGUCCGUAGUUAAGUGGACAAUUUAUUAGAUGUCACUUAAUUUUUUCGCAUCUGAUACAUAUUACUUCCCUGUAUUUUAUUCAGUGGUAAUUUAAAGAAGACGCUGUCUCUUCUAAGCAAGACUGCUGACUCCAUCUGUGAUGGAGAUUUGGUUGAAAAGCUUAUCAGACAGAAUGGACAUUGGUCUAUGUUGCCGAUGCAGGUACGAGUCAGAUGAAGUUUCAACGAAUCUUUCAGAUCUGCAGUGAAUUUAUGUAGUAAUAUUUCCUGGAAAUAGAAGUAAUAGAAUGAACCGUACAUCCUGUGUAGCCUGCAAAAGUUGCCUCUCAUUAUUUUCAUCACAAUCAUCAUCGUCAUCGUCACCACCAUCAUCAUCAACAACAACAACAAACAACAACAACAACAUCUUUAUUUCUUACAUUAAAUAUACAAAUAUCACUCCACCUGCAAAUAGCAAGGCUAAUCGAGGCAGGUGGUGUGUAGACGGCUUAAGAUUUAUUACGAAAAGUUGAAGUGAAAAAGAACCAAAUUUUCACAGAGCUACAAAAGUUGCGUCCGCACUGUACGCACACAUGCGCACAUCAUCAUCAUCUUUAUUAUUAUUUAUUCAUUUAUCUUCUAGAACUGAGAGAUUUUUGAAACUAUUAUUUUUCAUUUGUGUGUCUUUGAUUACACGAGUUUGUUGCCCAAAUGUUGCCCAAGGCAAAUGUGAAAGUUUUGCAGAAAGGAUUUCAUUUAAAUGAACAUGAGUUUUUCAACAAUCUUACUCAACUAUACGUGACUUGAGUACUGAGUCUCUAACGAAAACAUAAACGUCCUCUAAUUUCGUACAAAGUUUUUCAACACCUUUUGAAGCAUUUUAUUGAGAAUUUCUUCAUUUCAGAGGUCCAGUAUUAGAAGAAGUUUAUUGUAGUGGUGAUUUCAAUUCCUAGGCAAUGAUGUCUUGCGUGAUCCCGUCAGAUCUUAUCAGUGGUGGCAUGGGGCAGAGAAUUGAGUUUCCCCAGUGGCUUGGUAAACAUUCCAAACGUGGCAGACUAGACCGCAUUCUACAGGAACUGCAGAGUCACAUAAGAUUAAAGUAAGGAAAACAAACUUCAAACGUUUUACCGUGUAAAGAGAAAGUUUGGAAUAGCUCGAAAUGUGGCAAUCAAUCUUGUCCCUUUUUUGGCGUCAAACACCCAAAACAUUGCAACGUGCAUGCGUGAUCAGAAGGUCCCUUCUCCCGGGAGAACUUGGCAGUGGCGUAUCCAGGGAGGCCCCCCUUAUUUUUAGACGAAACUGAGGCCCCAAGGGCCGAAAAUAUUUUUUUUCAAACCACCCCCCUCCCCCCUUAUCUCAGGUUCUGGAUGACCGGGCCCCCCUUAUCUGAAGGUCUGUAUCCGCCGCUGCCUUAAAUCGCCUGUAUCAGUUACUGAAAGGAAAAACCAUCAUUAUCAUGCAUGCCUGUUUAUCAUUGCCCGGGAAAAGGACAUACGCUAUGCUUGCGCGAGUUCAACAAAGUUACGAGACGAGGUCCUACGACUUCAAAAUCAAAUAUUGGGACGAUUUCGACACGCGGUUAGAGUGAUUAAAAACUCUGAUCUUCAAAACAUAGCAAUGUCUCACAACAAGACUGAUCAGAGAAUCUGUCGCUUGAGUUUUAAGCUUAAAAGCUGACUUGUCGUUGCAGAUUUCCUUAAAAAACACAAGCAUAUUGUAGGUUAAAUUGUUGCUUCUUAUUGGUGUCUUAUCCUUUAAUUUUUGUCUGACAAAUUGUCCACCCCUUUCUAAAUAGUACCUCUGCAAGUAAGCUGUCCAUGGCAUUAGAUUACAUCCCCCAUCUUAGGAAGGUGCUAACAUUGCCUCUUGUGGCACAGGUAUGGACAAUUUUUGAUCUUGCUUUAACGGUUUUAAAAUAUCGGUAAAAUGAGAGUAAACUUUCUUCAUAUCCAUCGCUAAAAGGUUCUUCAGUUAGUCCUGUAAGCAGCAUUCUGCUUUGCCAAGCAAGCCAAAAUGACGUAUUUGUGUCAACAAACUAUUCGAAUAAUGGCGCCGUAUCGUCCUAAUUAUCAGCAAAGAGAAUUACGCCUUUGCCUAGAAUGUACACUGUUCACAGUCCCCUAUUUUCCCGUAAGACUGUCGAGAUCGAAAACUUAGCGUUACGGGCGGCCCUCUUGCAUAAGUGUCAAAACUACUUAGGGAGCCGGGGACGGUUUGGAAGGGGGCGAGAAAAAUUUUUUUCUCUCGCCUCCCUCCCCCUAGAGCUAUAAUCCCCGACACCCGCCCCCUCGGUACGUUUGAAAAUCAAGAUGGCGGCCAUUAACGGUAAGACGCGCUGUAUCUCGACGAUCUCACGGAAAAAUAGGGGACUGUGAACAGUCUGCCUAGAAUGACAUGAAUGAGACUAAACUUUCAGAAAUGCAAAAUAGCAGGGACUGGUUUUUCUUUUAUACUAUAUGUUAUAAUCUUCUGAAAAAAAAAACAAACAAACAAACAAAAUAAAACAGCCCUCUUGCAUUGUCCCUUUAAAUAUAUGAAUCUAGUGCUGUAAUUUCCGAACAUCUCAAGAGCGCGAGAGCCUUUUAUUGCCGUCAAAACAAAGUGUGUAAAAACUGAUUGAUUCGUUAGGAUUCGACUGAGAUCAAUUCCGGAGUGUCCAGAGUAAUUCAAGUGAUGGAAGAUUAUGAUCUGACCAAAGAAGACUGGGAUUCCAUUAUAGAGGUUGGCCAGUUUGAAGGCCAAAGAGAUCCUGUAUCGUCAAUCCCGUCUAAGGUGCGUAUCUUUUUUUUAUUCUAAACUUCGUUCAAGAUUUUGAUAAUGUGAAAGGAUCGUAGGGCUCCAAUCAGCGACAAAAUCAGCUGAAGGAGUUAUAAUGCCCCAAAGGGCGUUCGAACCUUCAAUGCGGUCUAGGGUGCGUAUCUUUUUUAUUCUAAACUUCGUUCAAAAUGGUGGUAAUGUGAAAGGAUCGUCGUAGGGUCCCAGUCGGCGACAAAAUCAGUUGAAGGACUUGGAUGCCCUAAAGGGCCAUCUAGACGAACCACUUCAAAAGAAAAAAAAUGAAGUUUUCCCUCCCCCACCCCCUCUAAGCAAUGCUGUGCCGCUGUUGAAGCUACACGUAGGAAGUGACAUUCAACUCAACGUGACGUGGGGGCGGGUGAGUGGAGGAUGCGGUUUGUUUGUUUGUUUCUUUCUCUUGUUUCUUUUUCUGCGAAGUAAACACCAUUCGUAAUUGUCGCAAAAAUUUUGUCGCCGACUAUUUAUUCAAAGGCUUUUCGUAACUUGCACUGAGGGAGAGCGACAUCAUCACCCCUUCACUCCUAACAAUGGCCAAAGAAAUUGACUUGAUCAAGGAAACCCUGGUAGUGAAAAUAAAGAAGGUUCAUGGAUCGCGUAGUCGCUUUUUCCUUAUCGAAAAUUUUACUGUGUUGUGUCAGUGAUAUUGGGUUCCGUUAUGUUCACCGUUAGCUAUUUAACGUUCCUGUGUAGGUAAAAGCGGCGUUUACACGCUCAUAUAACAAGGAAAAACAUAAAACGCCGUACGCCAUUCGCUCGGCGCCAAAGAAGGGAAGAAAGGGCGGAGCAGGAGAGGAUGACCAAGGAAUGGACGAAGAAGGCCUUGAACAAGAAGGCGAGGAAAAUAGCCAAGAGAAGGAUGAUCUUGAGAACGAUGCAAUGAUCAAGGCGAGUAAAAAACCAGUCAAAGGAGGAAGCGCACGAGGAAGAGGAGGGAAGGGAAACAAGGAUGCAGCCAAAGAAACGACGAAGGGCAAAGGAAAGGGAAGAGGAAAGAACCGAAAUUAAUCAAUAUUAAAAGUGCAAAAGAGAAAGAAAGAGGGAAAUUGUAUCGAGAGAAUGGGAAUUUUUGCUCAAUAACACUACAGAAUACCGAGUUUCUAAAGAAAAAAUACGACAGAACCGAAUAUACUGCAGAGUGAAUUGAGUAAGAUAAUUGCAAGACUUAACAGGAGAAUGGCACUCACAAAUUGCCUUCGAUCACGCUGCUUCUCAAAAUUUAAAAAAAACACUCUUUUUUAUACUUGUAACUAUAGGUUAUUGUGACCAUGACAUUUCAAAGUCUCCGAAAGACAUUGCGUUAGUCCGUAGUACUUUGGUCUAGGAAUGAGUAACGGUAACACAGUCUGCGUGGCUACCUUUUACUUAUUGAAAGUGAAAAUGUGCGACUGCGCCGCGCAUGAAGUGAGCUUGGAAUUGGGAAGAUCUAGAGGAUUACUCUGUCCAUACACUGUACAUUUCGAGGGAUCAUAUGUAAGGGUCAUAGCGGCGACGUGUAAUAGCAGCAGAUCUCUUGCUGUAAACGUGACGGGGGCCUGUAACAGCAGCAAAAUCAUGUUUUUGCCCUCAGAAAAUGUUUUGAGGAUAUUCAUUUUUGAUUCUGGUGAGUCUCUCUUAUUGGUUCAACUAUUAAUUUCGUUUCAAAGACGUGUUAAACAAUUUACUUACCCUUUUGCUCCCGGGAUAUGCCUCAUAGAUCAGGUUCAACAAGUUGAACUUCGUGCAACAAAUAUGUAACACGACUUCUCAAACUCAUUAAUAAUUCAUAAAGAAAAUACAAAGAAAAUUAAUGUUUAAUGAGUGUUUGGAAAUCGGAUGAAAAACUGCUCAGUAUUUGCAUCCUUAAUUUCUCCUUCAAAAAUGAUUUUGUUUGAGAAGAAAUAUCAAACAUUCGACACAGUGUUUCAUCACCAGAUGAAACACCUCGAAGUUCGUCAAAAAUACUUCGCUGCGCGUCGUAUUUUCAACUCUCUUCUCGGUGUUUCAUCUGGUGAUGAAACACUGCAUCUCAUGUUUGAUAUAUUACUUAAAAUAGUUUAAGCACAUAUCAUAUCUCUGCAACGAGUCCCGCUACAUAUCUCAGGGUCAUGUUCUGCAAUAUAUCCCCGGGACAUCUCCUGCGACAUAUCCUCGGGAGAUACUCUACAACAUAUGUCUGGGCCGUGUCUCGCAUUAUGUCCCAGGGAGAUGUCCCUGCAAUAUAUCCCCGGGACAUGUCCCCGUCAUGUGGCCUUCCGUAUUUCCCAACCAUUAACCUUGAUAAGGUAAGGUAGGACAUUAGAACUAAAAAUCGCCGUAUUGUUAAAACAGUGAUACAGAAAACAAUGGAC